AUGCAUCGCCGAAAAGCCAAAGGAAAUCAGAAUCCGACUCCUUCGAAUUCAUCUAGAGCGAAUACGCCUUCUCAAGGACCAGACAUUGCUUAUCAGCGAACACGGGACACCCUCAUCGAGGCCAUCAAGCUUGUCAAGGCGGGGACCGAGGCUACUUCGUUUCUGGGCCCCCUCAAAGCAGUUUGCGAGACUUCUCUUCAAAUCCUUGAGACAACCAGGACUGUAAAUGAGAACACCAAAGGGCUCAAAAUACUCAGAGAUAGCCUUGAAACACACAUAUCCAUCUUGGAUGAACGAUAUCGGCAGGCUGUCGAGGAUGAAAAUAUGGAGCAAAUCCCCGACGCGCUCAAGGAUUUCAACAACGCAUCGAGAGAUUACAUUGCCACUCUAAGAGGCAUACUCGCCCAAAUGGACGAGUUAAGGCACAGUAGAGACCAAGGCGUGAAAGGAUUUUUCAGAAAGAUCGCGGAUGCCAGGAUUGACACAGGAAAUAUUGCAGACUACAAACAGGAAAUCUUACAAGCCACGCGCGUAUUCGGGGAUAAGACCAACUCCUGUCAAAUUCAGCUGCAAGCGGAAGUGUGGAAAGUAACCCAACUUGGACCCGAAAAACCUCGUCCGAUGGGAACUCAGCACAAGACGUGCCUACCGGGCACACGCGUACAAAUUCUGGAGGAAAUUCGACAAUGGAGUCUGGACCCCAACGCGGACAAGCGCAUCUUUUGGCUCUGCGACAUUGGCGGGUCUGGAAAGUCUACAGUCACGUUGACGAUGUGCAAGGAAUGGGAUAAUACCGAAGAUGUUCUGGUUGGUCGGUUCUUCUUUUCGAAGAAUGCUCGACAGACAUCGGAGACGGAUGAUUUCUGCUCUGUCAUCGCGGAAGAUAUCGGUGCGCGAAACAAAAUAAUUUUAAAGCAAAUAAAGAUGAUCAAAGAGGAAGAUCCUCACCUUCUCAUACGAGAACUGCGCUAUCAGUUCACCAAACUCAUCGAAGAACCAUUGCAACUUGCAGAGACGGAUAUUGUCCUCGUGAUCGACGCAAUGGAUGAGUGCAAGAAGGAUAUGAGGGGAGAUUUGAUCAACCUACUGGUUGAGAAGCUUUCAUCGAUGCCUAAACUCAAACUCUUUAUCACAAGCCGGCCCGAGUCAGACAUUAUCGCGAUACUCCAGGAUAAAGCAAUCGUACGCGGAAUGCAUUUCAAAAUGCAUGGUAAAGAGCAGCAAUCCAACUUGGAUGACAUUCGGGCCUACGUGGACGUACAUCUUGACAAACUGCUUACCGCGCCUCAGCGCCAGCAGAUUGUGGAACGCUCGAACGGACUUUUUAUUUGGAUCACGACAGCACAUCUAGAGCUACGAGGGGCUCAUGGUCCGGACGCACUUGGUGCGGCUCUCAGGUCCCUCUUGACGCGAGGCAAGGGUGGGGAUAUUAACCAGGUUUAUACAAGCAUCCUUCGUCGGCUACGACGAGAGACGUCCAGUGGCACUAUACACAAGAUUAUGGGCACUCUCCUAACCUUGUUCGAACCAGUGUCGACAGAGGCUCUUGGGGAGAUGACUGGGAUCGCAGACUCAGAGCUAGAGCCGAUAUUAGAGUCGAUGCAGAGUGUAUUUCGGGUGGAUACUGUGGUAGAGUUUCUGCAUCCAACGUUCCAAGAAUACCUUCUUGGUCCACACAAUGUGGAUAUGCCAUUCAACUCGACAGCAAUGCAAUCAGGCUUGGCCGUAUCUAUCCUCAAAGUGCUUCAGGAGGAUCUGAAGGAGGACAUUUGCGGCAUUUCCCUGCCAAACAAACCUUAUCCAAAGAAUGCGGACAUUGUGGAUCUGGAUAAACGUCUAGAACAAUUAUGGGCUAGGUCUCCGGCACUACCUUACGCAGCAAAGUACUGGGGCUAUCAUGUGUCCAUCGUUGUAACGGAGAAACAUGUGGUCCAGCUGCUGCGAAGAUUUUUAGAAAGUCAAAUUUUGUGCCUCGUGGAGCUGUUAAGCUUGAUGGGACACAUACAUCUUAUUCGGAAUUUCGAAGAGAUUCGGCGAAGUUGUGAAUACCAAAGGUUGGGUAAUGACGAAGUCGAGGUAUGCCGUGAUACCGUUAGACUUAUACAGAGGCAUCAAAAGACACUAGAGAAGAAUGCCUUGGAUAUCUACCUGUCAGCGCUACUAUUCCUCCCUCGAAAGUCACGACUGUGGACAAUGUACAAGAGCAAGUUUUCAGAUGGACUACCAAACAUCAUUGGAGGACCGUCAGAGGACUGGCCUUCACACCAAAGUUUGAUAGGACAUACCGGCUCUGUCCGGUGUCUGGCCUUCUCGCCGGACGGGCACCGUCUUGCGUCUGGAGGUGGAUCUGGGGAUGGCACUAUACGACUAUGGGAUGGGACCACUGGUGCGAGCCUUGUGACGCUCGAGGGUCAUGCCGGUUAUGUCUCAUGUCUGGCCUUCUCGCCAGACGGGCUCCGCCUUGCAUCUGGAGGUGGAUCUGGGGAUGGCCCUGUACUACUAUGGGAUGGGAACACCGGUGCGAACCUUGCGACGCCCGAGGGACAUACCGGUUAUGUCUCAUGUCUGGCCUUCUCGCCGGACGGGCUCCGUCUUGCAUCUGGAGUUGGGGAUGGCACUGUACGACUAUGGGAUGGGACCACUGGUGCAAAACUUGCAACACUCAUGGAACAUACUGGUUCUGUCUGGUGUCUGAGCUUCUCGCCAGACAGGCACCGUCUUGCGUCUGGAGCUGGGGAUGGCACUGUUCGACUAUGGGAUGGGACCACCGGUGCAAGCCUUGCGACGCUCAUGGGACAUACCGGUGAUGUCCGGUGUCUGGCCUUCUCGCCGGACGGGCUCCGCCUUGCGUCUGGAGGUGGAGUUGGGGAUGGAACUGUAUGCCUAUGGGAUGGGACCACUGGUGCGAGCCUUGCGAUGCUCGAGGGACAUGCCGGUUCUGUCUCAUGUCUGGCCUUCUCGCCGGACAGUCUCCGUCUUGCUUCUGGAGAUGGGAAUGGCAUUUUACAACUAUGGGAUGGGGCCACCGGUGCAAGCCUUGCGACGCUCAUGGGACAUACCGGUUCUGUCUUGUGUCUGGCCUUCUCGCCGGACGGGCUCCGUCUUGCAUCUGGAGGUGGAACUUGGGAUGGCACUGUACGACUAUGGGAUGGGACCACCGGUGCGAUCCUUGCGACGCUCAUGGGACACACCGGCAAUGUCCAGUGUCUGGCCUUCUCGCCGGACGGGCUUCGUCUUGCAUCUGGAGGGGGAGUUGGGGAUCGUACUGUACGACUAUGGGAUGGGACCCCUGGUGCGAGCCUUGCAACGCUCAUGGGACAUACCGGUUCUGUCUCAUGUCUGGCCUUCUCACCGGACGGGCUCCGUCUUGCAUCUGGAGGUGGAUAUUUGGAUCGCACUGUACGGAUAUGGGAUGGGACCACCACUGCAAGCCUUGCGACGUGUAAGGGACAUACCGGCUCUGUCCGGUGUCUGGCCUUCUCGCCGGACGGGCUCCGUCUUGCAUCUGGAGGUGGAUCUGGGGAUAGCACUGUACGACUAUGGGAUGGGACCACCGGUGCUAGCCUUGUGACGCUCGAGGGUCAUGCCGGUGAUGUCUCAUGUCUGGCCUUCUCGCCGGAUGGGCUCCGUCUUGCAUCUGGAGGUGGAUCUGGGGAUGGCACUGUACGACUAUGGGAUGGGACCACCGGUGCGAUCCUUGUGACACUCAUGGGACAUACCGACUCUGUCUUGUGUCUGGCCUUCUCGCCGGACGGGCUCCGUCUUGCAUCUGGAAGUGGAUCUAGGGAUGGCACUGUACGACUAUGGGAUGGGACCACCGGUGCGAUCCUUGUGACACUCAUGGGACAUACCGACAAUCUCCGGUGUCUGGCCUUCUCGCCGGAUGGGCUCCGUCUUGCAUCUGGAGGUGGAUCUGGGGAUGGCACUGUAGAACUCUGGGAUCUUACAAUUAAUUCCAGGUUGGGACCUCCUUACAUGCUCAAUUUGCCUUGCUCCCAUCUCUCCUUCUCCCAGGAUGGACACUCCUUACAUCUGGAUAAUGGAACGGCACUCAAUGUCUCCCAAGAUCGGCUUCAGCCACACUCAUCUCCAUGUCUGACUGUCAAGUCCAGCCUCAAGCAUUCCACAGUAACUUUUGACUAUGCCAGUCAGGAGCUGUGGUCUUUCCACUAA